GUAUCUAGAGAAGCCCUCUUGACAGCUCCGCCCUCAUCCAACAUGGCUGGCUCACCUUCAGGGCCUAGCUCCCGACGAUUACAAAAUAUUGAAUGAAAUCUCUAUCGCCUGAGAGACACACGGCGGGAAACCUAGAUUAUUCUUGCCGUUGUUCCAGCCGCAAACGUAAGGCGACAGGCAGCACUUCCCGAUGCCUCUUAGGCUGAGCCCUCCGCAGGCUAAAGCUCUCAUUUCCGCCCACACUUGCCGGCAACGGGUGGGGAGGACGUUGAGCGUAUGCUGCACCGCCUUUCUUCCUUUCUAGCUGAGGGCGCGAGCCGGAUCGGCUCUUUGGUUGGCUAGUGGGCUCGCGGCCUCGUACCGCCUUUGCCUGGGCCGGGGCGGUCGGUUUGGAAGGCGCGUGAACGCGUGGGGUAGGGCGCAAGGGUCGGUGGUCGUCUGAGGCUAUGGCGGCGGCUGCUGGUGGCGGAGCGUCUAACUCGGCGGCCGCCGCCGCUGCUACUGCUGCGGGGGGCUGGCGGCUUCCCGGGCGGGUGUUAGAAUUCGUCUUCUCCUACCUGGAUCUGCGGGAGUUGCGGAGCUGCGCGCUGGUGUGUAAGCUGUGGUACCGCGUCCUGCACGGCGAUGAGAACAGCGAGGUGUGGCGAAGCCUGGCUGCUCGCAGUCUCGCCGAGGAGACGCUGCGCACCGACAUCCUCUGCAACGUGCCCACCUACAAGGGCAAGGUACGUGCCUUUCAGCAUGCUUUCAGCACCAAUGAUUGUUCUAGGAAUGUCUACAUUAAGAAGAAUGGAUUUACUUUGCAUCGGAAUCCCAUUGCUCAGAGUACAGAUGGAGCAAGGACCAAGAUUGGUUUCAGUGAAGGCCGUCAUGCUUGGGAAGUCUGGUGGGAAGGUCCUCUUGGCACAGUGGCAGUUAUUGGAAUUGCUACAAAGCGAGCUCCCAUGCAGUGUCAGGGUUAUGUGGCACUCCUGGGCAGUGAUGAUCAGAGCUGGGGCUGGAAUUUGGUGGACAAUAACUUAUUACAUAAUGGAGAGGUCAAUGGCAGCUUUCCCCAGUGCAACAAUGCCCCAAAAUAUCAAAUAGGUGAGAGAAUUCGUGUCAUUCUGGAUAUGGAAGACAAGACAUUGGCUUUUGAGCGAGGCUAUGAGUUUCUAGGAAUUGCAUUCAGAGGAUUGCCAAAGACAUGUCUGUAUCCAGCAGUGUCUGCUGUCUAUGGCAACACUGAGGUGACGUUAGUUUAUCUGGGAAAACCUUUAGAUGGAUGACAUUUGUUUUUAACUGGGACAUAAACAUCAAGUUGACAAUAUGGUGAAACUUGCAUGUUGGUUAAUAGGGAAGCAUGAGCAAAAUGUGUGGAUGUGUGUCCAAGAAACAUCCAGGAAAACCAAAAUUUGUGAUCUAAAAGACCAGCUGUACUGAAGGGAGUUUUACCUUUUCUUUUUCUGCCGGACCAGAAAAAUCCUCAGGGGAUUACAGUUGGUUGAAUGAGCAGUUAACCACAUGCAUGUUACAUAAGAUUUCACUGCAAUGGCAGCAAAAUGGAAUCCUGUAUAUACUUAAGGGACUGUUUCAUAUAAGUGAUUGAGGAAAAUUACCUGAGACUUGUGAGUAGUAUGUUUUGUGAAAAAGACUCAUUUUUAAAAUUAUUUGUUUCCUUUCUGCCUUUGAUCCAGUGUGUUUUACCAAAGGUAACUGAAACUGGUUGGAUUUUAUUUAAUAUAUUUUAAACGUAUGAGAAGCUUGAUUUCCGGACUGCAAUUCUCCAGAACUAAACAUUGUGCAGUUACACUGAAGUGUGUUUUAACGGUUUGUACAGAACACUUUAAAAAUUAGAACAAAACAAAGGGUUGCUUUGGCUCUCUCUGGGAUGUAAUUUCUUAAUUGGAAAAAGACCACUACAUAUCAGUUGUUGGUGACUGUCUAGGAGAUGGACAACAUACAUACAAGUGCACUUCUUUUGUUUUGUUGUACCGCAUCUCUUGUGGCAAAAUACGCUAUGGAUGCUUAUUGUAAGAUGGUUGAGAUUUGAUAGCUGAAAAUUGUGUGUGUAAGGAUAAAGUCAAUUUUUAAUGUGAGUGUUUUGUUUUACUGAAAAUGUGACUAUGUUGCAAAUGAGGAUGGGGAAUCUGUGGCUCUCCAAAUGUUGCUGGAUUACCCAUCAUUGUUGGCCAUACUGGUUGGGGAUGAUGGGAGUUGUAGUACAGCAACAUCCACAGAACUACAGGUUCCCCAUCCCUCCAAAUAAUCAUAAGUCUUUAGAUCCACCUUCUAAAGUAAGACUUAAAAUUAAUCUUGCAAACUAUGAGCCAUCCACCAAAUACUGCUGCUCUUCACUUAUUUUAAUCAGAAUUAUAUGGUGGAUGUGGGGUAGCCAUGCUUGGAUUGUUCCCUUUAUUGGCUGCUGGACCCCAGACCUUCAUUUUGGCCUGUUACCAAAUAUACUGCCAUCUUUUUGAUAUAGAUAUUAGAUUGCAAGUAUUGCUUAUUAAACUAAAUAUUUUGAAAAUUAGGUUUCCAAAGUACUACCCAAAUAUGUGUUAAAAAUUUCUAGAACAAUAUUUUAAAAUAUUUAUACCUUUAGCUUAAAUAAAUGGAACUUCAAAACAGGAAUCAAAUUUCUGACACAAUUAUGGAGUCUGUCCUUUACUUAUGUUAAAGGCUGAGAAGCUUUUUUGCAAAGCAACUGCCUUUCCCUAUUCUCUGGCAACCAUACCUUGCAGAGCUUAUAUGUCUUAACCUUGUAAGUCCACAGAGUGGCUCUUGGUACUAAAGUGUUAUUUUUUUUCUACUUUAUACAUCUAUUUAUUUAAUGCUGAGUGAUUAAACACUUGCAGUGCAGUCCUGUGAAUGUUUCCUCAGAAGUAAAUCUCACUAUGUUCAAUGGGCUUACUCCUAGGUAAGUAUAUGUAGGAUUGCAGCCUUUGGGAGGAAAGGAGGUGUUGUUUACAUUCUUUACUACACUAUCAGAAUUAUGCAGUGUUGCAGGCAACUGAUAGUUCCUUGCGUGUGCAAAAGAGAACAAUUCUUUUAGGUAUUUUUAUUUUUGUUUAAGCCAGGGAAAGCUGCUAAACGCUUGGUCUGUAUUUUUUAGAAAUAGGCUGGAGAGUGCAUUCUUGCUGCACAAAAGAUUUUAAACUGUAGUUCUUCAGCCAAUAUAUUUUGGUAGUACCACUGAUCCUCAAUACAUUAGACAUGCUGUGACCUUCCCAGCAUAGCCCUAUUGCUAUGGACUUAGCCAUCAUGUUACCUGCCAUACCAUCUUGGCACAUUAACACAUCUCAUUUUAAUCUUGUUUCCAAAGUUGCUUCCUUGUGGUAAGAGAAGAAGGAAGACAUAGUUGAUUAUUGGUUUUGGACUGUGAAUUGCCCUUCAGCUUAGUAUUCUUUGGUUGAUGGCAUAGAAUUGUGCUGGCGAAUAGCAUCAGACUAGGCAGAGUGAGUCUCCUUUCACAGACUGCUGAAAAUGAGGGAUGAAAAGAGGGGAGUGACCCUACUGGGAGAGUGUGUGUUGCAUGUUCUCAACUGUGGGAUUUUUUAAUCUUCUUUUCAGUUUCCUUCCAUGUUCAGAUUCCACAAAACUACAUUUGAAGGCUGCAUGUGUGAAUCAAUGUUUCUAAAAUAUUUGUUCUAUGUGUAGCAUGUCACUCAACAAGUUCAUUCCUGGUCUGUUUCUAAAACAAAUUCAAAACUAAGCAAAUGAAUGCCUUUCAGCACAUGGUACUAAGAAGAAGUGAAUGAAUCUGGAAAGUUGUAUAACUUCCAGGGGGAAAAGUUGACUCUGUACUAUGCUAUAAAUCACUACAACAAGAUUCUAUGACAUGAGCUAAAAUAAAAGGAAAGAAGCUGUUGUUAGAAUAAAAUAGUCUCGCUGUGCAUUCUAGGAUGGAUUAUCCUCUGCAUUUAUUUAUGGACUUCAAGUAGAGAGAGCUGGGCCUAAGAACUGUGCCAGGGAUGUUUUGCUAGGUUUUACUUCCAUUUAUAUAGGGUGUCUUGCUUUUCCCCCCCAUACAUGUGGCGCAGCAUUCUGCUUUUGCCAAUUGGUCAAUAAUUCCUUGAGGCACAGGGGACAAAUUUAUAUAUGUAAACCUCUUAUAACUUAUUACCUGAAGACCAACUGCAAGCUGUACAAAAU